ACAGUUUUCCUAAUGUAAUGGGUACGGUUUCUCCAAAGAAAGUUGAAAAGCAUCUGGUCUAUCUCCUUGCUUAUUUUACGGUCAAGAUAUAAAGAUAGAGCACCAUAUGUUAGUCUAGAGAUACCUUCAGCCUUGGUUAUUAGGACUCUACCUUUCUACCACUUUCCAGAAGUUCUCUGUGUUUUUUGAGCGAUGACAAAUUGGCCCACGUGACUUGUCCUUGUGUGAAAGAGAAGAUAAACAACAUUCUCGGUUCAGAAAUGUUCCUAUCAGAACAAUACGGCGACAAUGUUAACAACACUUCAAACAAUGGCGGAGCUACAUAUUCAGGAAAAGCUGGUAAAUCUUUUAAAUCAAGGUAAUAUUCAGCUCAGGAAUCCACCUUACACAACAGAUGACAGCGAGGCAGGACAGCAAUCUCUUCAGGAGCUUGCAGUGAACUAUGCCCCCAUUGUGUGCAUCUCUGUGUCUGAAGUGGCCAGUGCCUUGGAGAGCCUCCGAUCCCAGGCAGUAAAGAGUGGAAUGGGGAACAAGACCUACGGAGAGACAUGUGUGGAACUCUUUCUGCCUAAAGACUUGAAAAAGUAUACCAAGAAGAAUAACUAUUUGGAGACACAACUGGAUGUCCUUGCUCAAGAUAUCAUGGAUAGGAUUACUGAACAAUAUGGACUUCAAUACAUCCAGUUAAUUUUUAAAGGGAAGACACUGACUCCUGAGAAGCGUCUGGAUGAACAGAAUGUGAAGAACAAAAGUAAGAUGAUGGUUCUGCGGGUGAGCGCGCCAGAGAGGAAGAACCAGAUGUUGGCGGUGGAGGAGGAGAAGAAAAUGCAGGACCAGAGUGUCCAGAGAACCCAGAGGGGCUUCCAGAUCCUAUCAGAGAGAGAUGGCACCGAUGAUCCAGCCACGACUCCAUUCCUAGAGAUUACUGAUCAGAAGGGGAACCCCCUGAAAAUACCUCACAGUAAAAAAAAGGCUCUGAUUUUAGCCAUGGGGUUCCAUGAGAAAGGCCGUGCUCUGAUGAAGAGGAAACAGUAUGAAACUGCUCUGGGCCACCUGGUGCAAGCUGACGACCAGUUUGUUAAGUGUGGCUCCAAGCUCUUGAACACAGUGGACAACUAUGCAGUACUGCAGCUGGACAUUGUGUGGUGCUACCGAGCCUUGGAGGCCCUGUCCUAUCUGGAUGAUGGCAAGCGGAGGCUGCAGAUUGCCGAGGACUGCUUCCACAAUUGCUACGGAGACCAGCAGCAGAGGCUCAUGAAGAUCAAGGGAAACACCAGAGGAGAGGAGGUGCUGUUCCUCAGGCUGUACCUCCUGCAGAGCAUACUGGCGCACAUGGUUGGUAACGAGCGCCAGGCCACACAGAAGCUUAAGCAGGCUGAGGAUCUGUAUGAGCGUCUGUGUCUGAACCCAGGGGAGAUAAAAGCACUGAAGGAUCUGGGGUUCUCUGAGCAGGAAGCCCGUCUGGGUCUGAGGGCCUGCCAUGGCAACGUAGGCGAGGCCAUGCUGCACAUCACCCAUAGGAGAAAGGAGAGGGAGGACAUGAAACAGAAGGAGAGUGAGAAGAGGAGGAUGUGUGUGGAGGGCCUGGCUACCCUCAGAGCGCUGGGUUACUCCAAGAAAGACGCUGCCUGGGCCCUCCUUCAGACAGACGGAGACAUGGACGGAGCCUACAGGAUGCUUCUAGAUUCUGCCGCUAGAACCAAUAACACAGAGCUCCCCAUAAGUCAAUCCAAGGUUGAGCAGCUGACAUACCCGGGUUGUGAGCCGGAGGUGGCCCUGAGGCUGACGGGGGAAAACGUUCAGGGGGCCACCCAGCUGCUGCAGGACAACCAGGUGGUCCUGCCCCCAGAACUGCUGUCCCCCUCUCCCGCCUCCUCACUGUCCGAGGAGCCCAGCACCACCUCUGAGUCCGCAGGUUCUGGGAGCCAAGGGGAGGCCCCUACGGACGUCGACCUGGUGAAUGAGGUGCUGGAGGACAUCCCUAUACACGAAGAGGACUACCUGGACCUGACCCUGGAGGAGGAGAGCGAGAUCAUAGACAAGAUGAAGUCCUACCUCUACAAGAACUGUGCCUCCUCCAACUAAAGUACUGUCCAGCCAGCAGCCAUUUUGAAAGCACUUCCACCACCACCUAUUCCAAGGGUGUUUGAUUUGAGUCUUUUUAGGCCCCAAAUUAGGUUUGUUUUUCUGUCCUCCACAAGCAAUAUAUUCAAAAUUGUAUCUUCUGUUUUUGUACUAAAGUGUUAUUAAUUGAGUUUAAUAACACAAACAUUUGAAGCUGGUUGACUAUAAUUUGUAAGGAAAUAAACUGACAUGGAUUAAAGACAAGAGAAUUUAACAAAUUAAGAUUUAGUAGAUAAACAUUGUUAUUGCUCUAUGCUUAAUAGCUACAGAGAGGACAAUUUUGAUUAUUUGAAGGUUCAUGUUUGAGAUUUCAAGACACAAUUAUAGGCCUCACAUUCUAAAUUCUAUGGUAAAGGGAUUUUUGGUUGCUUGUGUAAAAGAUUGUUCUAUUUUUCUUCAUCGCAAAUACUGUUGUAUAUGCUCUGGUUUAUGUUUGAGAUCCCUUUUUGACGGAAUUUGAUUAAGUUUGAUUUAAUGUUUUUUUUUAUAUAUAUAUAUUUAAAAAUAUAUAUAUAUAUAUAUAUAUGGAGUUUGAUUGCCAAUAUGACAAUAGAUGCCUGCACUUAGUUUUUAAUAGGCUAAAUUACACAUUCUGUUAACAUAUCUCCAGUGAGCUUUUCUUGCAAUUUAUAGUCUGACAUUUGAGAUUUAGAUAUGAUAAUUUAUCACUAAGUAGUGUGGAGGUAGUGAACUAUUUUUUUACAAAGUAACUUUAGUUAAGUAACUACGCUGAACCAAAAUAUAAAACGCAACAUGUAAAGUGUUGUUCCCAUGUUUCAUGAGCUGAAAUAAAAAUCCCAGAAAUGCUUA